AAAAGUACCCACUCGUACUGAUUUAUUUACUAGAACUGCGAAGGAGCAAAUCACGUUUCUGGCAGGAAUAUGGCCAAAAACGGAUGGGAUGUUACGGCGCUGAGGAUCGUAGAGAAGUACAACAUUUUGGGUUCUAUCCAGAAAUAUGAAAGUGAAGUUGAAACAAUUCGUAAGUUGGAUGCUAUUCCACAAGUCAGCAAACUCUGCCGAAUAUGGCUGGAAAAGCUCCCCAAGGUCCGGACCGAUAACGACGAAAAGUCUCACCAGUAUCGCGAGAAGGGAAACCAAUCCCUCCGAGUGCGCCAGAACCCGCAUGAUGCCGUGGAAAAGUAUACAUGUGCAAUUUUCAGUGCACCACCCAAUUCGGUAGCAUUGGCUUUAGCGCAUGCAAAUCGUGGAAUGGUGCUUAUGACUGUGAAGAAAUACCAUGAAGCUUUCGAUGAUUGUCAGCUUGCCUUAAAUGGAGCAUACCCGGAGGAAAACCGACUGCGUGUUUUAUUCCGCCAGGCGGAAUGUGCGCUUCAGCUACGCGACCGGGAUGCGUUGGAAAUAAUUCUCGCAGAGAUAAGUAAUAGAUCACAGCAAAAGGAAUUGGCCACUUAUGAAAUGGAGAGAUUGAAAACAUUACAAAAGUAUUCCACAAUGAUAGCGAUCUCAGAAGAAUCGGUCGAUCCAGUUUCGAUUGAAAUCAAUACACCGGUGCUUGAGGAAAAAUCAGACGUCUCUCAUGGCAGGUUUAUGGUCACUAAGGAAAGAAUCGAAAAAGAUUCACCGAUCGUGCAGGAGGAAUCAGUAUCUUUCAUUCCCGUUUAUGAUGUCAGUUCUUGUGAUAAUCUACCGCAAUUCGACUGCCAGUAUUGUGCUACCGUCAACGUCGUUCCAUUUCCGUGUAGCGCAUGUGGUGGAGCCUGCUAUUGUAGUAUAAAAUGUCGCGAGGCACAUGUUCCAAUUCAUCAGUUCGAGUGUCCAGGGUAUGAAAAACAUUUGUGGUAUCUGAUUGGUAUCGCCCAUCUGGGAAUGCGAUGUUUCUUGGAUGGGUUUGAAAGUAGCAUGCAAAAAAUAGCCACAGUGGAUCAAUGUACGCCUGAGAAGAUGUUCGAGCAUCUUUUGAAGACAGUCGAGACAGAACAGGAAAGUUAUCCGUACGGAAAAGUCCUCGGUUUGCUAACCAACAUUGAGCAUAUGGAUUUAACCGACAUGGUACUUUAUUCAAUGACCGCAUAUAUGUUGGGAACAUAUUUAAGCGAAUACACAAUGAUUUUCAAUCAUUUGAGAGAAAAAGAGAACAUGAUGUCGAAAAAUGAUUGGACACUGUACUUUGCGGCCGUGAUUUUCCGUCACAUCGGACAGUUGAUAUGCAACGGGCACGGGAUCACCGAUCUGCGGUGGACUGGUAUCUCCGAGAAAAGCCGACUGGAGGCUAAAAGUUGCGACAUAAAAGCUGGAUUUCUUCACGUGUCCUUUGAGAGCGCACGGGUUUUCACAGGGAUAUUUCCCCGGGUCAGCAUGUUCAAUCAUUCGUGCAACCCGAACAUACGAAACCAUUUCAGUAACAACGUCCUCACGGUCUACGCGACACGCGAUAUCGAACCAGGCGGAGAGAUCUUCAACAGUUACGGGCCGAGCUACAAGUUGAUGGAUAGAAAGAGCAGACGAUCUGCAUUGCGACAGCAAUAUUCUUUUGACUGUGAAUGUACUGAAUGCGUGCUCGGAAACGACGAAGCUUAUGAAAUGUAUGAACAAUUCAAAUGUCCGUUUUCUAAAUGUGGAAAGUGUUUCAUGGUGGAGAAGAAUUGCGAUCCCUUUGAAAGAGACAUAAAAUGUCCGUUGUGUAAGCGUAUUAUCGACUGUUCAUGCUUCCAGGUGAUUGCCAGUGCGUUGUCAAGCGAUUCAAAUACUUCAUACGGAGAUUUCGUGAAAUCACUAGACGCAUAUGAGAAGUGCAAGAAGAUCCUAUCCCAGUACCAUGAAUCAAAAAUCACCCUUCUACACAUGCUUUUCCUACAAUAUCUACCGUUUUCCGGUCUUGAUGAAAGAUGCCUCGAAGCACUGAAAAAGCUAGCGCACGAGUUUGUAACGCUCCGCGAACAGCGCUUCGGAAUAAUGAGUCCCGAAUACGUGGUUGGGUGUUUUUACCUGCUGGAUCUUCUUGUGGUAGAAUCAAAGAGUGACGGAGUCUUCCAAAUCGAUUCCAAGUCGGAGCAAGUGGUGCACAACUUUAAGAAAGCAUUAGAUAUUUUUGGAAAAGGGACACGAGCAAUGCUGCUGAACUAUAUCAAAAACCAUUUGAAUUCCAAUGCCGUCGCAUAGGUUCUAAGAGGCAGUCUCUUAUCUGAGUUGCCGAGUGGUUGAUGCGACAGCUUUUGCAGGUCUACAACGGAAUAGUAGCUUAAUAUAAUAGAAACACUACAUCUGUACUCAUUAGUUUCCUGGUUUCUAUCCACUGGUUAUAAACUAAAAAUUUAUUAGCAAUGAUAGUUGAGAAAAUGUCGUUAUAUACACAGAUACAUAUAUAACAGUUAUCAGGAACAGUAAUUGUAUCGGAUAGGUGUUAUGAAUAAAACGCAAACAACGCUGAGAUAGAACUAGACGUCAACAAGAUUCUGUAAUAUUUGUAUAGAAGUAGAAUUAGGUUAUAUUGAACUGAUCUAAAAGACUAAAUGUUAGCAAAUUUGUGUAUAUAAAAAAUGGGUGGGUUAUAUCUAUGAUAUAUCCGCAAGGUUGACGUGGGACUACCUUUUUUUAUUAAUUCGUUUAUUUUUACAGGCUCAGUUACUUAAGUUUAAAGGAGCCGAAUUCUUAAAUAUAAUUUUAAAACUAUAUAUAUAUAAACGUUUUUCUUACAUCUAUGGUUAGUAAGGUGGAAACCGAUUACUCGCGGUGUACUCGAGUUUAGGAGGGUGACAUAUUUUUAGGAGAAGGAUGGGAUAUAAGGAAAUUGUAACAAUGUUGAUGAACACUCAUUUCAUAAAUCUAUUCGUAUAUCUAUAGUGUAUUUACAUUUCAACUUAUUCUACUAUUUAUAGCAAGGGGACGAAUUACCCGCAAAGGGUGGGACUACCUUAGCUGAGCAAUCAUUUGUUCGUAUUGAUUGAAUUCUUGAUUGAUUGAAACAGUUUCCGAAUUCAAUUGAAUUCAAUAUAUUUGCUUUGUGAGUAAAAAGAUUGAUCAAAUGCCAUGUGAGGUUAAUGCAUUCAUUGUGAUAGAUUACGUUCUUCGUUACAAGUAAAUUUAAUGACAGCUCUCUUUUAUGUUUGGCGUGAUGCCAAGGACAAAAUAUGAGAACGGAAGAAUUAUCGAACGAUUAUUUUAUUUUACAUUUCCCUCUGAAGUUUGCAUCUCUCAAGUAUACGUACUUCUCGAACCGCGAAUUUGCUUGAAACUUCGCCUCUAGUGUCUGCACGAUUUUCCCCCGUUCCUAAGUUUAGAAGGUCGUGGUAAGGAAACAUAUUCCUGUCUGCACAAAAGCAAGCGAGUACAAAAGUACUCGCAGUUUGCCUUUAUUUGCAAAGCCGAUUUCCCCAGAAAACUUAGAUUUGAAGUCUGUGGUGGGGAAACACAUUUCAACCGGAACAAAAAUACCCCCGACUUGCAUGAAUGUCAAUUUCCCCACACUACAUGGAUUUGAUGUCUGUGUUAGGGGAACACAUUUCAGUUGGAAAAAAAAUAUACCCGACUUGCAUGAAUUUGCAAUGUUAAUUUCCCCACGCUACAUGGGUUUGAAGUUUGGAAACACAUUUCACUCGGAACAAAAAUACCCCCGACUUGCAUGAAUUUAAUGCCGAUAUCCUCUAGGCACCUUGGUUUUGAAAUCUCUGUUAGGGAACACAUUUCGGUGGGAACAAAAGCUCCCCUACUUUCAUCUGUUUGCAAUGCCCAUUUCUCCAACGCUGCGUGGCUUUGAAGUCUGUGUUAGGGAAGAUUUUUCGGCGAGAACAAAAGUUCCCAUACUUUCAUGUAUUUGCAAUGUCGAUUUCCGCAAAGCUGUUUGGUUUUGAUGGCUGUGUUGGGGAAACCGCAUAUCGGGCCAAUCAAAACGAGGCAGUUAGGGCGUUUAGGUAACGCUUAACAUUUUACAGUUAUUCAAUUGUUUAUCUGAUGAAAAAUAAAAGUUAAUCAUUGCGAUAGAUGCGUAGAAAUAUUCCCUAUUAAUUGAUGCAAACAUCUUUCCGAUCCGGUAAGGGAUGUUCGAGUUAUAAGCAUUCGAAAUCUUUCAUUUUUUCCUGCAUGUUCUGUGUUUAGGUUUUCAUUUUACCCCCCAUAUAUUCCAGUUAGACGUAGUCCCACGUCAAAAUAAAACAAGAAUAAUAAAAUAAACAUCAAAUUGGCAAAUUCAAACUGCAUGAAAGCUAUACUAUAUGUCAGUUCGUAUUAUAAAUAACCAAAAUAAAAAUCUUCUGAGUAUACAAUACAUUGACAAAGAAUAUUACGCAAGAGGAAUUUGAUAUACUGGGCCUAUUGCUAUCAACAUUACAGGUUAAGUCAAAACAAGGUUGAACCUCCUGAAAAAUCCGAAAGUUUUGAUACAUUGCACACCCCUUAGCCUACAAUUUAAUUUCCAAAAGAGUGCACCAAAUGCAAACGCAUAUUUAUUUUAGAAAGCUCCAACUGCAUCAAUUUUCAACAUUAACAUAAUGGACCCCGACCGGGAUAGGAGCCGUACAAUGAACUUAGCGUUCGGUCCCCUCAUCGGUC